AUGACAGACCGUCCCCCUUCGUUGUCCCACGUCCGAGAUGACCAGCGGGAGGCCGAGAUUCUAUCACAACAUCUUCAUCCCCAAUUCACCGGGUCCCUUCAUGAAGAAUCUCCCCUUCAGGCCCGUGCUGCGGCUGAAGCAUCCUCCAGUUCAAACACUCCGGAACAACAUUCAUCGCUAAAGCUCCUGGGUGGUGAUGUCCAUCGCGAUCUCUACCGGCUCGAGGCCAAGGCCAAACAAGCUCUGCAAGAAAGACGGGCCGCCAGCUUUUCUUAUCCCGCCCGACCUCCCGAUGAUGCGAUAGAAGAAGGCGUGGCUGCCAUGGAACCUGGCAGCUUUCGUCGGCACUUUGUACAACAGAAAAAGGGCUGGGCCAGCGAUGCACUGGUCGCUCGCUCGUUCCUGGACUUUCUCGACCUGUAUGGUAGUUUCGCCGGUGAGGAUUUAGCGGAGACGGAGGAUGAGUCUGCGAUUGCAACGGAAGAUCUCGAGCAUGAGCCUGAACGACGACCUCUGCUGGGCCGGCGGAGAACAACUCGACCACCUCGCCCUGGGGACGCGUCUCGGGUCAAGACAUUUUUCACCCUACUGAAGGCGUUUAUCGGGACGGGAAUUAUCUUCCUGCCCAAGGCCUUUCGCAACGGUGGCAUUCUCUUCUCCUCGGUCGCUCUGGUCACGGUCGCGGCGGUCACAAGUCUCUGCUUCCAUCUUCUGCUGGAGUGUCGGAAAGGACAUGGAGGCGGUUAUGGUGAUAUCGGUGAGCGUAUAGCAGGGCCUCGAUUCCGAUCGCUCAUUCUGGGGUCCAUCACCAUUUCCCAACUUGGCUUUGUCUGCACAGGUAUCAUCUUCACUGCGGACAAUUUUCGGGCGGUCUUGUCAGCAGUCGCUGAAAAUAGCGAAAAAGUUCUGUCCACCAACAUCCUCAUCGCACUCCAAUUAGCUGUUCUUGUGCCGCUGGCAUUCAUCCGAAACAUCUCCAAACUGGGUCCGGCGGCGCUCCUCGCGGAUAUUUUCAUCCUCAUGGGUCUUGCGUACAUUUAUUACUACGAUAUUGCGACCAUUGCGUCCCGGCAUGGGUUGGCAUCGUCAGUGGAACUAUUCAAUCCCAAGUCAUUUACCUUGACCAUCGGUUCCUGCAUCUUCACUUUCGAAGGAAUCGGCCUCAUCCUCCCCAUCCAAUCGUCCAUGAAACACCCGGAGAAAUUCGACGGACUCCUCUAUACUGUCAUGAUCAUCAUCACUGUGCUCUUCACCGCGGUCGGCGCUCUGUCCUACGGCGCUUUUGGUUCCGACACGAAGAUCGAAGUCAUUAACAAUCUUCCCCAGGGAGACAAGUUUGUGAACGCUAUGCAGUUCCUCUACUCGAUGGCGAUCUUGAUCGGUGUUCCGGUACAACUGUUCCCCGCCGUUCGGAUCAUGGAGGGCAAACUGUUCGGUCAGGUGUCGGGCAAGCGAGACCCUUGGAUCAAGUGGAAAAAGAACAUCUUCCGAUCGUUGAUCGUGUUGGCUUGCGCUGUGAUGUCGGCCGUCGGAGCUGCUGACUUGGACAAGUUUGUGUCGUUGAUCGGCUCGUUUGCUUGCGUUCCUCUGGUCUACAUCUAUCCGGCGUACUUGCACUGGAAGGGGGUUGCAGACUCCCCCUUGGCUAAGUUUGGCGACCUUACAAUGGUGGUGCUGGGGUUCGUCUUUAUGAUUUAUACGACCUUGUCUACUGCUUCGGUAUGGCUUGAAGGGCAUAAUAAAGGCAGCAGUGGACUCAAUACCGGCAUAAUGGACGUCGUGCUUGAUGUUCUGGAUACCUUUGUCUUCGACAAGUUAUAUGCGCUUCUUCUACCAGCCAAAUCAUUUGACCUUUCGGACCAAGACUCGCUGCUUGAUUACAACUGCCAUAUCAAUCGAUAUGUCACCCUCACUCCAAACCAACACACUGUGCAGAGCAGCUGGUCGCGAGACAAUAUCUUCCGGCAGUUUCUGAGUCUUUUCAUCACGAUUUGGGGCUUCGGGCUUCUGCUCUACUUGACCACUGCCACCCUCUCCUUCGCUCUGGUCUUCGACAAACGUGCCAUGCAACAUCCCAAAUUCCUUCGCCAUCAGAUACGGCUUGAAAUCGGGCAGGCGCUGCGCGCAAUGCCCGUGAUGGCGGCCCUGACUGCUCCUCUUUUCCUGGCCGAAGUGCGAGGAUACAGCAAGCUAUACGACUUUCCCACCGAGAGUCCCUUCCCACUCUAUACCUACCUCCAGUACCCGCUCUUUAUCGCGUUUACCGAUUUUGCAAUCUACUGGAUUCAUCGAGGACUCCAUCAUCCGGCCAUCUAUAAACGCCUGCACAAGCCGCAUCACAGGUGGAUCAUCUCCACCCCCUAUGCGAGCUACGCCUUCCAUCCGGUGGACGGCUGGAGCCAGGGUCUUCCAUACCACCUCUAUCCGUUUCUUUUUCCGCUGCAGAAGGCGGCGUAUUUGGGUCUCUUUGUUUUCGUGACCAUCUGGACGGUCAUGAUCCACGAUGGAGAGUACGCUCUCGAUUCACCCGUGAUUAAUGGAUCAGCCUGCCACACUAUUCACCACUACUAUUUCAACUACAACUACGGGCAGUUCACCACGUUUUGGGACCGUAUUGGAGGCAGCUAUCGCAGGCCAAAUCGGGAGCUGUUCAACAGGCAAGAACGGCUCAAACAGACGGAGAUCCAGCGGCAAGUCGAAGAGAUGGAGAGAUUGGUAAAGGAGGUCGAAGGAUCUGACGAUCGGUGUUAUGAGCAAGCCACCAAGAAAACUUCUUGA